CCUUUGCGACGCCCAGGUUUGCACAGCCUUAACUAAUAUUGUGUGUUUGAGCAGAGAAGAACUGGCUUUUACCCGGCAACCGCUGCGCAGCUUAAAAAACGCUCUAAGCAACGCCGCAUAGCAAUUUCACCAGCGAGUGGCUGCAAGUGCAAAUCACCUCGGCGAGGCUAACACCAUGCCCAAAAAAGCGCAGCUCCCGCCGGGCGCCGCCGGCCGCUCGCAGCAGACCCUCGCGCGGCGCAACCGCCGCGACGCGCUCGGCAAGUGGCUCCGGCGCUACGCCGGCGUCGCGGCCGUCGCCGUGCUGGCCUGGGCCGCCAAGACCGCCUGGCCGCGCGCGCGACGGAAGCUCUUCCCGCGCAAGCCGAGCCGCCGGGCGAGCCGGGCCAAGACCGCCGCCGCGAUCGAGACGACCGCCGAGGCCGCGGCCGAGUGGGCCGUCGUCCAGGCGCGAGCCGACGCGGCCGUCGCGCGCGGCGCGCCGCACGAGGCCAUCUCUCUCUACAGGGACGCGAUCCAGCUCGCGCCGGCCUUGUCGCCGGCCUACACGAACCUGUGCCACGCGCUCAAGCUCCUCGGCGAGUACGCCGAUGCGCUCCAGAUGUGCACCGAAGGCUAUGCCCGGGCGAAGGACGACCGGGAGCGCGCCGCGGCUCUGGUGAACUACGGCGUCGCCCAGUAUAGCGGCGGCGGCGCGCGCUACUUCCGGAGCGCGAUUGCGGCGUGGAGCAAGGCCUCGAGCCAGGACCCCGCGAACGCCGCGGCGCACCGCUACUACGCCAAGGCCGGCGUGGCCCUGGGCAAGCUGCGCGAGGCAGCGGAGGCCGAGAAGCUCGCCUGGACGGUGGACCCGCGCCCGGAGACCGUGUUGGCCCUGGCGCACCUCGCGACGUCCGCGAACGCGUCGACGGGCGACGCGGUCGGCGUCGACUUGUUAAGGAGCGGGUUCGGCGACCCGGCGGCGCUCGACGGCUUCGCGGAGUCGCUCCAGGAGUUCGCGGCGCAGGCGACGAAGGAGGGGUCCCCCGCGGACCUGGCGGCCAUCAAGCAGGCCGAGUUCGUCUACCUCGACUACUCGAAGGCCGAGCCGGAACGGGCCUGGGCCUCGCUCGUGGCGGCGAACGCCGCGAGGAGGGACGCGGCGGCGCCGCACAUCGUCAAGGGGAGCGCCCCCGAGAUCUCGGAGGGCGCCGCGACGGACUUCAUCCGGGCCUUCCCGGGCGGCGCCAAGGCGAAGCAGAAGCGCGCGGACCGCAAGAAGGCCGACCAGGACCUCUUAGACCACGUGGCCGGCGACGCGUCCAUCGAGCUCAAGGACGAGGCGAACAAGAACCGGCCCUCACCCGUCGAGGGCCCCGCCCAGUUGUUUAUCAUGGGCGCGCCGCGAAGCGGCGGCACGCUGCUCCACGCGGCGCUGUCGCGGCACGAUGGCAUCGCGACGGACGGCGACGCUACGCCCGUGUUAGCGGACCUCGCCGCGGAGCGGGGCCUCGCAUUCUUCGACCGCGCCUCCGAGGAGGACCUCGCCGAUUUAGGACGCGCUUAUAGGAGGCGGCACCACGCGAGAGCCGUAUCGCCGCAAAAGGAGAACGCGUCCUUCGCCAUCGACGCCGCGCUGGAAAACGUGUGGUGGCUGGGGGCCGCCGCCCAGUAUUUGGAGGCGGAGGCGCCGGAUUUCAAGGCGCUGAUUAUUAGGAGGGACCCCAAGGCCGUGGCGUUCAGCUGCUACAAGGCGGCCUUCGCCAACGGCGAACGGGCCUGGGCGGACAAGCCCGAGGACCUGGGGGCGCGGUUGCAUGCGAUUCGCAAACUCGAGGACCACUGGCUCAAAACGAUGCCCGACCGGGUGAAACUCGUCGAGUACGAGAAAUUGAUUAGCAACCCCCAGAAGGUGUUGAACGACGUCGUCGCGUGGCUGGGCUUGGAGGCGUGCGAGCUCUGUUUGACGCCGAACGAGACGGAGGUGGCAUUGACGUCCUACGGCGCCGUCGAGGCUCGGGCGCCGCCGUUCCACACGCAGUCGCUCGCGGCGUGGAAGCGCUACGAGAAGCAGCUGAAGCGGGACGUGUUCCCGCACCUUGUCGACAAGAAGUGAGCUAGCUGGAGGUCGUCUAAGUAGGGUGUGAAA